AUGUCAAACUCAGGUACCGCCGUGAACGUCUCAGGGCUUAGUCCAACUACCACACAGCAAAGUCUAAAUGAAUUCUUCUCCUUUUGUGGAAAGAUCAAAUCAAUUGAAAAAACGGAGAAGAGCGCGACGAUCGUGUUCGAAAAGGAAUCAGCUGCUAAGACAUCCUUGAUGUUGGAUGGCGGAACGCUCGAUAACGCCGUCAUUCAAGUGGUCCUCCCCACCUCCUCUGGAACCUCAAACCAGAAUCCUACUUCCCCAACCACCCCUGGAUUAGGCGACCACGAGGAACUCAAACAAGAAGAUAAACCUCGUUCUGCGAUUGCCGCCGAGUACUUGGCUCAUGGUUACAUUCUUGGUGAUCAAGCGAUCGCCAAAGCCAUCGCACUCGACCAAAAACAUGGAAUCUCUGCCAAAUUCACGGCUUAUUUUCACAAGAUUCAGGAACGAGCGGCAAAAGCCAAGCCAUCUAAUCCAGCCACUGAUACGACCGCAGCUCCGGCGGCAGCUCCAACCAAAGGUUUCAGCUCGUUGAUGAGCUGGUCGCAACAGUACUACGAGAAAGCGCUGAGCUCAAAACAUGGAGCCAAGGUGAAGGAGUUCUACACCACCACGUCCAAGCAGGUCCUUGAUGUGCACUCGGAAGCCACGAGGAUAGCCGAAGAAAAGACUGGCCAUUCUCUCUUUCAAUUCCCAUGCCUCACGAAGAAAGAUGCUCCCCCAACCGAGGAACCAGCUCCUUCGAACGAAAAAAAUUCUACCGAAGUCAAAACAUCAGCUCAAGAGUCCGCCUCAAUCCCACCGCAAGAUGAAAAGAAGUAG